AUGGCACUAGUUGAGCGUCGAAAUGAUAGUACAGAUCAUAUAUCAAUAUUUGAUUAUUCAUCAAAUUGGUCUAUGAUUGGACAUUUUCAACCAAAUGAAUUUGAAGAUCUACAAGGUAUUGAAUGGUCACCAAAUAGUGAUAUUUUAUGUUUAUGGGAAAAUUGUUAUGAAUAUAAAAUUGGUUUUUACACACUUGAUGGACAAUUAUUAAAUAUAUAUAAACCAGAAAAUGAUCGUUUUUCAUUAGGUAUACGUUGUGCACGUUGGUCGCCAACAGGACAAGUUCUUGUGGUUGGAGAUUAUGAUGAACAUUUAACAAUAUUUAGUUAUUUAACAUAUAAAAAAAUUCGUGAACCUUUCCAACAUCCACAAAGAUUAUCAUCAGGAAAAGGUUAUACUAUUCUCAAAGAAGAAGAAUAUAAUGUUGAUGAUAAUAAAGAAACAAAUGAAAAUGGUCAACGUAAAUUUUAUUCAUCUUCUAAUUAUACAUCAGCUGCUGUAUCAAAAAGUUCGAUUGAAUCAAAAUAUAUAAUAUAUAAUGGUACACUUCAAAUUGCUCCAAUAAAACCUGAUCUUGAUCGUGCUCAUCCUCGAUUAGGUGUCUCAUCAAUUGAAUUUUCUAAUUCAGGUCAAUAUGUAUCAACAAUUAUUGAUACAAUGCCAAAUCUUUUAUUUAUAUUUGAUUUUAAACCAACAUUUCAUCUAGCUUUUGUACUUAUUCAUAUUCAACCAAUACGAUGUAUUAAAUGGGAACCAAAACGUGAUCAUUUAGCUUUAUGUACACAUAAUAAUCGUUUAUAUAUAUGGUCAUCUCAAGGUGCUUCUUGUAUUAAUUUACCUUAUGAAUCUUCGAAACAUAAUAUAGAUGAAAUUAAAUGGAAUGAUAAUAAUAAUAAUUCAAUACCAAAUAUGACAGAAGAGAAUAAUUUAAAAGAUGAAACUAAUAUAAGUGAUGAUGAAUCAAGAAAAGAUUCUUCGAAUACAAUAAAUACAGGAGAAAAUAGUAGUGAUGAAAAUCUUAAUGAAGAAGAAGAACUUGAUUUUUAUGAUUUUUUGGAAGCUGUUUCCGAUAAAAUUGAUAAUAUUACAACUCAAAUUGAAGAUCGACGUGAAGAUUCUCGGCAACGUUUACGAAGAACUAUAGCUGACCUUGAAGCACAGAAACGUCUUCUUAAAACUCAAUUACAACAACGUAUUCAAGUAUGGUCUGAAAAUCUUAAAAAACCAAAUUUUAUUCGUACACGAGAUAAAAUAUCAUUUACAGUUGGAGUUGCAAAUGCUUGUUUUUCACCAUUGAUUGCUGGACGUUGGCCUCAUAUUUUACCACUUGUUUAUACAUAUCAAGCUUUAUUUCUUAUAACACUUCGAUUUCUUAUAUAUAAACGUAAAAGUUGGCAUUAUUUUGUAUAUGAUUUAUGUUAUUUUGUUAAUGUUUUAACAUUACUUUAUUUAUGGGUAUUUCCAUCAUCGAAAAUUCUUUUUACUGUGUGUUAUACAUUAAGUCAUGGCCCAUUAGCUUUUGCAAUAGUUCUUUGGAGAAAUUCACUUGUUUUUCACAGUCUUGACAAAGUUACCAGUUUGUUUAUUCAUAUGUAUCCACCAUUAACAUUAUUUACUCUUCGAUGGCUUUUGCCAAUUGAACUUCAACGUGAACGUUAUCCAGCUAUUGUUCAUAUUGGUUCAUCACUUCAUACAAAAACCGCUAUUUUUUAUACAAUCAUUUUUUAUUUAAUUUGGCAAUUGCUCUAUUAUGCAUUCAUUGUUUAUGGACGUCGUGAUAAAGUUGCACGAGGGUUAAGAGCAACAUCGUAUACAUGGUUAUUAGCUGACAAGAAUGGUUUUGUUUCACGUCUUAUACAAAAGUUUGGUUUUGGUGGACCCAAUGAUGGAAUAAAUCGAUAUAAAGUUGUAUUUUAUUUCUUUUUGCAAUUUGGAUAUAUGCUUCUAUCAAUUUUACCCGUUUGUUUAUGGUAUUAUCGAAAUAUGUAUGUAAAUGUGAUUUUUCUUUGUUCAAUCUUUGCUGUUAGUGUUUAUAAUGGCGCUUCUUUUUAUAUUGAUGUUUUUUCACGUCGAUAUAUAAAAAGUCUUGAAUUAUUACAAGAUCACGAUGAAGUGGAAGGAAAUGAUGGCGCCUCAUCACGUCAGUCUGUUACAUCACGUACUUUACGAAAAUCAUCUCAAAUAUUAAUCAAUAAUUCGGAGAAUAUUCGUAAUAGUGAUAAUAAAAAGUGUUCUUAA